GCGCUGGACGGCCCGUCCCUGCGGUGCAGCCCGCUGCGCGUGGCGGGCUCGGCGGCGCAGGCGGAGGACGCGGGUCGCGAGCUGUCCUGGGACUCCCCCCUGCGGCGCGUCCUGGCCGAGCUGAGCCGCAUCCCCAGCAGCCGGCGCCGGGCUGCGCGCCUGUUUGAGUGGCUCAUUGCGCCCAUGCCGCCGGACCAUUUUUACCGGCGCCUUUGGGAGCGGGAAGCGGUGCUGGUGCGGCGGCAGGACCACGCCUACUACCGGGGCCUCUUCUCCACCGCAGAUCUGGACUCCAUCCUGCGCGAGGAGGAGGUGCAGUUUGGACAGCACCUGGACGCCGCGCGUUACGUGGACGGGAGGCGCGAGACCCUGAACCCGCCGGGCCGCGCGCUGCCCGCGGCCGCGUGGUCGCUGUACCAGGCCGGCUGCUCCCUGCGCCUCCUCUGUCCGCAGGCUUUCUCGACCACCGUGUGGCAGUUUUUGGCUGUGCUCCAGGAGCAGUUUGGAAGCAUGGCAGGCUCCAACGUCUACCUCACGCCCCCCAACUCGCAGGGCUUUGCGCCCCACUACGACGACAUCGAGGCUUUCGUGCUGCAGCUGGAAGGUAGGAAAUUGUGGCGUGUCUACCGGCCCCGGGUCCCAGGUGAAGAACUGGCCCUGACAUCUAGCCCCAACUUCGGCCAGGAGGACCUUGGUGAGCCAGUGCUACAGACAGUGCUGGAACCUGGGGAUUUACUCUAUUUCCCUCGGGGCUUCAUUCACCAAGCUGAAUGCCAGGAUGAAGUUCACUCUCUGCACCUUACGUUGUCUACGUACCAGCGCAAUACCUGGGGCGACUUCCUGGAAGCCAUUCUGCCCCUGGCUGUGCAGGCUGCCAUGGAAGAAAACGUGGAGUUUCGAAGGGGUCUGCCCCGAGAUUUCAUGGAUUAUAUGGGCGCCCAGCAUUCAGAUUCUAAGGAUCCGAGAAGAACCGCCUUCAUGGAGAAGGUCCGGGUCUUGGUUGCCCGCCUUGGACAUUUUGCACCUGUCGAUGCUGUGGCUGACCAGCGAGCCAAAGACUUCAUUCACGAUUCUCUGCCACCUGCGCUGACGGAUCGUGAGAGGGCACUGAGCGUUUAUGGGCUCCCGGUUCGCUGGGAGGCUGGAGAGCCAGUAAACGUGGGUGCCCAGCUGACAACAGAAACGGAAGUCCACAUGUUGCAGGAUGGGAUAGCUCGCCUGGUGGGUGAGGGGGGCCAGUUGUUUCUCUAUUACACGGUGGAGAACUCUCGUGUUUACCAUCUAGAGGAACCCAAGUGCUUGGAAAUCUACCCCCAGCAAGCUGAUGCCAUGGAAUUCUUGCUUCGCUCCUAUCCAGAGUUUGUGAAAGUAGGGGACCUACCCUGUGACAGUGUGGAUGACCAGCUUUCUUUGGCAACCAUGCUGUAUGAUAAAGGGCUGCUACUCACCAAGGUGCCUCUAGCUCAAAAUUAGUUCACUGUGGAUUGCUGGAAACAAGACCGUAGUAAUUCAGCACUAUCACCUCCAUUUUGGUUUUGUUUUUAAUUCCUGUUCUUACUUUGAUGACCAUCGGUAUGGUCAUAUUUACCUUUAUGACUGCUUCAAUGUCACAAACCUCAGACGGUCUUCUGGGAAGAACCACCUCAUCUAGGUACAAAAAUAAAAGAAGUUGGAGGAGGAAAAAAAAAAGUUAUUUCUGCAGAAGUGAUCAUUUCAGAGUGCCAGCUUCAUUACUCUUGGGCCUCUGUAUUGUGAGCACUGGUUUUGUCACUCUGCUUAAGACCUAAGUUUUUAGGGGCUGGGGAGAUGGCUCAGUUGAAUAAGUGCUUCCCUGGCAAGCACAAGGGCCUGAAUUCAAGCCCUGGCUCCACAAAACAAACAAAACCCCUAAGUUUUUAUUUGGAAGUUGUACUUUUCAUUUGAGUUGUCUUUCAUCAGUUUGGGGAGAGGAUUGGGGUCAGUAUCCUCUUUGUUAAUAAGUUUGUAUGAAUUAUUAAAGUGCCAAAGAAUGUU